AUGUUGGACAACCUGAGAGGCAACUACGACAGCUCGUUUCACAUGAUUCCGCACUCGUACCGGUCAAUCGUGUUCUGCCAGGCCAUCAAGCACGGCACGGAGUCCGACUUCAACUUCUUGUGGAAACACUACGAAACUGCGACUACGCCACAGGAGAAAGCGGUCUUGCUCAAGGCGCUUUCCUGCACCGGUAACCUCCAGCUGCUCGAGAAGCUCUUGCUGCAGCUGGUAAACAAAGACACCGGGGUCGAGACGACGCAGAAGGCAGCCAACCUGCUGAACGCCAUCUCUUCCACCAGUCUGUCCGGGAGCACAAGCGUGAUUCGUUUCAUGACUAACCAUCAGGAAGCUGUUUUCAAUCGGUAUGGAAGCCUGCAAGGUCUCUUCGACUCAAUACUCCAAUCCAUCGUUGACAACAUCCAACAUGAGAGUGAACUCUCUAAGCUGCAUGAGAUCUACGAGCGUACGAGGGACGUGCUGCCUGGCGAGGAAGAGAAGGUUCUGCAAAUGAUCAGCAACGCCCGGGAGCACAUCCGCUGGUCUAGCCACUUCUACAGGGACGUAGAGUCGUGGCUGGAGAAGCGCUACUUUCUGGACCACCAGAAGAUGAACAGCUAAGAAUAAA